AGAGUUUCUUUGCCAAAAUCUAUAACCUGCAGUUUCUUCUUAUUCUUCAUCUUCUUCUUCCUUUUUCUUCUUAAGGUUGGUUCUGAGCUCUCAUGGAAAAAAGUGACCACAUCCAAGUGUUUGGGAGUCCAUGUUCAAUUAUGAUAUAUGAUCAUGAGAAGGGUGCAAAGCAAAGAGAUGAUAAUUGGGUUAUCAUGGAAGCUGAUGGUGAAGAUGAUGAUAGUAACUACAACCCUAGAUCAUCAUCUUCCUCCCUUGAAGAUUCAAUCACUUCCCAUGGAUCAUCAGCAUCUUCUUCAGACUUGGUAGAUGAUGCUUCUUCAUCAAGUACUUCAUAUUCAUCUGUAUCUCCUUCCCAUUCCAGUGGGCCCUUGUAUGAAUUAUCAGAGCUCAUGGCACAGCUGCCCAUCAAGAGAGGACUUUCCAAGUAUUAUGAAGGCAAGUCGCAGUCUUUUACAUCUCUGUCAAGUGUGAGGAGCAUAGAAGAUCUAGCAAAGAAAGAGAGUCCUUACAGAAGAAAAAUGAAGGUAUGUAAAAGCUAUGGAGGUGGGUUGGAUACCCACAAGGCAUAUACUCUUCCUAGGGCGAUUAUAUCAAAGAAGAGGGGUUCUGCUGCAUCUCUAUCUUUGCUAAGUAGACGAGGCAGUUUUGUGAAUAGUUGUAGGCCUCCUAUGAUUCCUGUGCAGAAGAAUUUGUGAUUGACUUGUCAAUAUUGUAAGUUAUGGUUCAAAACAAUUUCUGUGAAGGUAGCUUCAUUUUAUACUCUUGAGUUGAUAGACCAUGAUCCAUGUUUUAGUUCUAAGAUCUUUUGUGAAAUACCUCCUCAUUUUGGAUGAGAGAGAGAGAGAGAGGGAGAGAUUGUUCUUCGAAAAUUUUUGUGGGUUUUAGACUUUAAUCAUUUCCAUCUGAUGUUUGAUUGUUUUAUAAACAUCCAUUAUUUGGAGGUGCAAAAGUUGCUAUAAAAAGCCUAUUAUGAUGGAUCAGUGCAGUAUUGCUCCAUAUUUGUAGAAAAGCCUAUUAUCCUGUAAUCAGUUUCCUAUUGCCUUCUGUUUUCUGUUCCCACUUUGAAGCUGGCUUCUCAUGAAGAGCAAAACCUAGGGCUAUGGGUGCUCUUACUCAACAACAAUCACAAAGUGGGAAGGGUUGUGUUCUAAAUAGGCCUGCACGCAAUGGUAGGAAAGAUCAAAGAUCAUUCUUUCAACUAUUUUUCCAUCAA